AGCCCGGACUACGGAAGACAUGCGGAAGGCUGGUUCUAGGGCUAGGGCUGAGGCCGAAGGUCCUCACCGUGCUAUGGAGGGCGGGGAGGUGACUGGCGACCGGCUGAAGGGUUCUGGCCAGGAGGUGGUGGCACAUGCCUUUUUAAUCUCAGAGCUCUAGAGGCAGAGGCAGGCAGAGCUCUGAGUUUGAGGCCAGCCUGAUCUACAGAGGAAGUUCCAGGACAGCCAAGGCUACACAGAUCCUGUCUAGCAACAUUACAGAGUAGCACCUUGGCGACCAGUGCUGCCUAGCAACAGACACAUCUGACAUGUCAUUUGAGGAGCUGUUGAGAUUACAGGGCCAAGGGAGACCCAAGGCACACAAACAAUUGGUAGCUGGAAACAGCACUAGAACGCGAAGCCCCCAACAACCCGUGUGUGUCGCCGAUAAGCACCGGCCUCUGGAAAUGUCAGCUAAAGUCCGGGUGCCAUUCUUACGUCAGGUGGUGCCCAUCAGUAAAAAGGUCGCCCGAGACCCCCGCUUUGAUGAUCUGUCAGGGGACUAUAACCCUGAAGUGUUUGACAAAACUUACCAGUUCCUGAAUGAUAUCCGAGCCAAAGAGAAGCAGCUUGUGAAAAAGCAGUUGAAGAAGCACCGCUCAGGGGAGGAGCAUGACAAACUGCAACAGCUGCUUCAGCGGAUGGAGCAACAAGAGAUGGCACAGCAGGAACGCAAGCAGCAGCAGGAGCUGCGCUUGGCCUUGAAGCAGGAGCGCCGGGCUCAGGCACAGCAGGGCCAUCGGCCAUACUUCCUGAAGAAAUCUGAGCAGCGGCAGCUGGCCUUGGCUGAGAAGUUCAAGGAGCUGAGACGCAGCAAGAAGCUGGAGAGUUUCCUGAGUCGAAAGAGGCGGCGGAACGCAGGCAAGGACAGGAGGCACCUCCCGCUGAGCAAGGAGUAGUAAGAACUGUCCCAGGAGACCUGGAUCUGUGGGAACGGGGCUGGGCUUGGCCGGCUCUGGAUCUUUCCCUGCUCAGAAGUGAGCUUGAUGACUACCACUGACCUAGGCUGACUCGGAAGACCAGCGUGCUCUUGGACUGCGCUAGGGCUGCACAGCAGCCAGACCUCCGCCUUCCCUCCAUGUCACACCACCAUCUGGUCUCACGGUCUCAUGGUCUCGGCGCAGCCUUGCCUUAAGCCAGUGACUCAGAUGAAGAGGGGGCAUGGCUGUGGUCACGUGAACUUUCAGAGCAGGGGCUUCAGAAGAGCCACUUUGGAAACAAGUCUGUUUCUCCUUGUUUUAUUCUGUGGUGGUGUUUGGUUUUUCCAGACAGGGUUUUUCUACAGCCCUGGCUGUCCUGGAACUCCCUCUGUAGACCAUGCUGACCUCAAACGCACAGGGAUCUGCCUGCCUCUGCCUCUUGAGCGCUAGAACUUAAGAACUUAAGGCAUUAAAAAAAAAAAAAAAAGGGGCUGGUGAGAUGGCUCAGUGGGUAAGAGCACCCGACUGCUCUUCCGAAGGUCAGGAGUUCAGGUCCCAGCAACCACAUGGUGGCUCACAACCAUCCGAUCACGAGAUCUGACUCCCUCUUCUGGAGUGUCUGAAGACAGCUACAGUGUACUUACAUAUAAUAAAUAAAUAAAUAAAUCUUUAAAAAAAAAAAAAAAGAACUUAAGGCAUGCACCAGCACUGCCCGGCCUGUUUUGUUGUUGUUGUUUGUUGGUUUUCAGUUGUGUGUGUGCACGAGUGCGGGGGCCUUCAGGCAAGCAUUGGCUUCCCCAUGGAGCUGGGCUUACAAGACUUGGGAGCUGACCAGUGCGGGUGCUGGGGACCAAGCACAUGUAGUCUCUGAGCCAUCUUUCCAGCCCGUUUUUUGUUUUUAAUGGAAGACCUAGAACUAGUGUUUCAGUAGGCCAAAUGUGAGGGUCUGCAGUAUGAGAAGUCAGAUCACAAGGACCUCCAUCUUAAAUGUGGGCCCUGAAAAGAUGUCUAAAGGGUGAAUCAGCCCUGCAGUAGAUAGAGUGGGGCAUGGGAGGCAGUAUGUUAGUCAGUGCUUGCUAGUGUUCGCCGUGAGGCUUCAGUCCGUGGUCAGUGGGCCCCCUGGCUUCUGGGCCCGUAUGUAGUGAGGCAGAGAGAGCAUUUGCUGCAGCGGUGUGUCUUGCUCCAUUUUAGGAUGUGUGUGCCAUCACACACACCCUUGGGACAUUCUGCAUAAAGGAAGUCGCUAUGAUUGUAUGUGCAUGUCUUGGUUAGCUUUUUACUGCUGUGAUAAAACACCACAGCCAAAAGCAAUCUGGGGAGGGGAUGGUUUAUUUCAGUUUACAGCUUGCAGUCUGUCACGAGGGGAAGUCAGGAGAAGUCAAGGCAGGAACUGAGUAGAGACCAGGAGAAACUCUAUCUACUGGCUUGCUCUACUUGGCUUGUGCCAUCUUCUUUUAAUUUUCUUUCUUUCCUUGUUUUUUCAAGUUUGUCAAGACAUGGUUUCUCUGUAGCCCUGACUAUGCUGGAACUCACUCUAUAGACCGGGCUGUCCUCAAUCUGCCUGCUUCUGCCUAUCAAGUGCUAGGAUUAAAGUUGUGCGCCACCA